AUGUGGUCAGCUGUAGUUGCACCAUUACUAUUAUUAUUAGUAUCAACAGCCAUCGAUGGUCUUCCAAGAACGGAUGUUACAGUUUCUGGUAUAUCGUCUGGAGGUGCAAUGGCGGCACAAUUACAUAUUGUAUUUUCUCAAGACAUAUCAGCAUGUGGUAUUGUUACUGGAAUACCAUAUUAUUGUUCACGAGGAAAUAUAAUGAAUAUGAAUGCAUGUAUGAAUGGCCCAGCAACUUUGAUAUCUGUAUCAUCCAUUACGAAUAAAAUCAAUUCUUAUGCAUCAUCAGCGCUAAUCGACAAAGUGGAUAAUUUGUCAUCAAAUCCAAUAUAUAUAUUUCAUGGUAAAUCUGAUCAUACUAUUGCAGAAAAUGUUGUUAAAGUAAAUGAACAAAUAUAUAAGCCUUACAAUGUCCGUAUAAAAACAAAUUAUGAUACAAUGGCUAAUCAUGGAUUUGUUACAGAUAAUUAUGGUGGAAAAUGUGAAAUAUUAGAGUCAACUCAAUAUAUAAAUAAUUGUAAUUUUAAUUUAGCUUAUGAUAUGCUAAACUAUUUAUAUAGUGGUCAUUUGAUAAAACCAUCAACAACAUCGACAAUAUUAAAAGGAAAGUUAUUAGAGUUCGAUCAAAAUGCAUUUAUAGAUCCACCAUUACAAGUAACAACAACGCCCUUAAAACAACAAGAGCAGCGUGGUAUAUUUGAUUUAUGGUCACAAUGGGUAGAUGCAACAUUACAACUCUAUAAUCCUGUUAAUUAUUUACCAUCGAAUGGAACAUUUUUUGGUUUCGCAUUUCCAACUACAACUUCUUUUUCAAAUAAUGGUUUCGACAAAACUGGCUAUUUGUAUGUACCAUCUGGUUGUAGCAAAGGAAAAAAUUGUUCAAUACACGUUGCAUUACAUGGAUGUAAACAAGGUAAAACAAGCUCAUCAGUAUAA